CUAAGCAAAGCCGGUGCACCACUUCCUCCGGCUGAGACCCGAUAACGUUGUUUCUUCCGUUGAGGGUUCUGCAGAGCCCUCCAGUUUCAUCACGGAACAGAAAGAAAACACACCGGAGAGCACUGAUUUCUUUACGGGGAGGAGCAUCAAACCUACCGCUGGUCCUGGCAAUGAGCCCAACGGUGUUGUGCCUGUGUGCCCAAUAUCACGAAAGCCUUCCGGCUGCACAGUCCCUAUAUUUGUCAGUUGCACAGAACGGCAUCUCUGAGGCAAAAUACUCCAGCCAGUGGCGAAGGAUGUUUGGACAGAUGCAAAACACAGAGGGAUCAAUGAUGCAGAAGACAAGAAAGCAUCCCUAUCAUUGUCAACACAAGUGGACAUGCAAAGAUUACCCUAAAUGUCCCAAGUGGCAUCAGACUGCUUUGAGAUUGUCCAGCACUGCACUGGUUAUACUCAUUGCUAUAGUGAUAGGACUAACCAUUUUGGUAUGUCGCCUAAGUAGUGAGAAAGGAACCAAAGAUUGUGAUGGCAUGAAUAUUUCUCCCAGGAAACAACAGGACAAUACAAACUUCACAACAAAGUCCACGCUAAACUUAUGCCCUAAUAACUGGCUGCAGAAAAAAGGGAAAUGCUAUAAUUUCUUAAAAACCUUUAAAUCAUGGACCGAUAGCCAAAAAUCCUGCUUAAUAAUGAAAUCACAUCUCUUGAUGAUCCAAGACAUGGCUGAACUGAAUUUCAUACAGAGUAGUAUACCGGAUGGAAUUUACUUUUGGAUGGGUCUGAACAUCACGCACCCACAAAAGGCAUGGACCUGGCUGGAUGGCACCCCAUUAAAUCUACAGUUAUUUCAAGUCAUGGGCCAAGUUGAAGAUAACGCCUGUGCUGUAAUAACAAAGAAGGGUGUGUUUUCUGAAAAGUGUUGUAAUGAGAGUUACUGGAUUUGUCAACAUGUGAUUUCUUCGGACAAUGACUUCUAAACUGAUUGCAGUCUAUCCUUCCUAUCAAAAAAAAAAAAAAAUUCGGAAGUCUUUUUUUAUUUAUGUAUUUUUGUAGAUGUACAUCAUUUUUACAACAAAUAUUAUGGUGAUGAUGAUGAUAAUGGUGUAGAUUUGUGUCACUCUAACUCUGGGCAAUCAGGCUUAACUCAUUCCUUGUGGCCUUGUCACUCUUGUCACUGGUGCUAUAAUUCAGCAGUCAUCCCCCAUUCAUCAUAGUGGCUCUUUUAGACAGAAGUUGGCCUUAUCAUCUCUUCAACAAUUCUCUCCCGACAGCCCCCAUUCACCAUUAGCAGGGGAGCUUUUUUUUGAAGAGAAGCCGUCAGAUGAUACAUUCGUGAAUUUUCCACCACUGAGUCGAUACAAUUGUCUGCAUCUUACUUAUUUCUUUUCCUUCUCCUCCUAUUUCCAAAGAAGGGGUCUUCCUCUGUCUGGCUAAAUCAAAUCUCAAAGUCUACAGCCGGGAUCGCAUCUCUUUUCAUUUUUUCAAAGAGAUUCCUUCCUUCAUCACCUCCACUUCUAACCUCUCUCUUCAUACGCCUCCUUUCCUUUCGACAAUGAAAAUGCAAGAACGCAAGAAAAUUUUCCCUGAACCACUUGUGGCUUCCAGUUUCUAUCCAGUGUCUCCCACCUGUUUUAAGUCAAACUUCCGAGAAAUUGUUUAUACUUGCUUUUUCCUCUUUUCACCUCCCACUCCAGGUUCUUCUGCAAUCUGGUUUCUGCUUUUCCCACUAUUUCACUAAAGUGUUCUCAUCACGUCAAGAAUGCCUUUCUUCUGCCUAAACACCAUGACAGCUUUUUAGCUUUCCUCUGAACUCUCAGCAGUGUUGUUCAUUUGUGGCCUAUCCUUUCUUCCAGAAAUAGUCUCUGACCUUGGCAUCUAUGACACAAUGCUCUCUUGAACUUGUAUCUACCUUCCUUGCCGUUGCUCUUCAGUUUUUUGUUUGUUUGUUUGUUUGUUUGAAGCAUUGCUUCUCUCUUCUGAUCUCUUAAAUACUGACAUUCCUUGGAGUUUUGCAUGAAUUCUCUCAUACCCAAUUCUUGGCUAAACUCAUCCACUCUGUAGGUACAGUUACCAUCAAUUUAUUGAUAACUCCCAAGCCCAUAUUUCUAACCCAGACCUUAUUACAGCAGAUUGCCCCCUGGACAUCUCUGGUUGGACGUCUCAAAGCCCCUCAAUCUUCCCGUGUUAAAAAUUAAACUCAUUAGCUUAGUGAAUGGCAGCAAUGUGCCCAUUAGCCUAAGCCAGAAUCCUUGGAAUCAACCAUGACUUUUUUUUUUUUCUUUUUACCCUCGAUAGUCACUCAUUUAAAUCCUGUCGAUGUGACUACAUAAUUAUUUUUGAAUCCAUCUAUAUCCUCAUAGCCACCCUAUUGUCCUCGAUUCCUGCAACAGUCUUUUUGUCUGCUUUUAGUUUUGUCUGCCAAAGUCCAUUCUCUAUCUUGUGAUCAUAGCAAUUGUCUAAACCUCCUAUCAGGCCACAUUACUCACUACUUGAUUUCCUUCAGGGACUUUUCAUUGCUUUCCCUUGUUUUUCAUUGAUCAUCUCUUACCAGAACCUGGGUGUCUUCGCCCGUGUUCAUUUCUUUCCCCCUGCCAUGCUUAUAAUGAUGCAAACACACUAAAUUUUGUUCAGUUUCCCAAAUGUGUCACGCUUUCUCUUGCCUCUAAUCUACUCAUGUCUGCCUCAGCUUAACGUUCUUCCCUUUCGUACUCCCCUGUUG